UCCGUCUGAUUUUAUUUUGACAAUUUGACAUUUCAUCGAUUCGAGUUGCAGGUCAGACGAGCGCGUAAAUUCGGAAAACUCAAAUUUAUAAUAUCGAUUUUCAAAUAACUUUUGCAUAUUUUUACGAAAUAAAUGCGCUAAGAAUAUUUAAUUUAAGUGUAGUUGUGCGUCUCGAUGUCCAAACAGUCUAAAACAAUGCCGAUGUUAGACUUAAAAAUGUAUGUGAGAGUUGUAGCUGCCGUGUUUUCUAUCUCCUCAGCAACAGCAUUUGUGCUGGCACUGGUGCGUCUUCUGAACCCGGAGCUGUUUUACCUAGAUCCUUUAGAAGGAAGUGAUAUAGGUAAUUCAAUAGGUAUCCACUACUUCAUUUCGGGUCUGAUGAUAGUGACGAGCGGUAUUGGCUUCCUAAACAGCUGCGUGGUGAUGAACCGAAGCGCGAGUCACAAUACUGGCCGCAAUAUCACCACCUGGCUGCUGCUGGACUCGCUCUUCGAGACCACGAGGGUCAUAUACGUGUUCGUCUGCGAGAUCGUGUUGAAAGGGAAAGGACCGAUGCAGUUGUACGAGCUGUUGAUCAGUGCUGCACAGUACCUGCUCGACAGCUUUCUCUACUGUCAGAUGAUACUCCGGCACUAGUAUACGGCGAAUAUUUGUAUGAUUAGUCGUAAUACAUAGUCGCCGUCCAUAGGACGCUCGUCCGCCAUACAGGCUGAUCAUGUAGCGUGCGUUAUUUACUAUUGUACAACAAUUUAUGAUAAUCUUGUGAAAAGAUUAAAAUGCAUUUAAAAGGGAAAGAUGUCUUCCCCUUGUGUUAUGAAAACGAUUGUUUUUGUUUGUGUAUUUUAUCAGUCAGCUUUGGCUGGAUACGAUUUAAGUAUUUAGAUCACGAAAUAUGCGUUAGAUUACCUCUACUUUUUCAUUCAUAUAAUGCGGUUCGCACUUUACUUCAAUAUCCAGGCAAUGCUGACGUAUAGGACUUCGUCCACACAACUGUAUUAUAGGGAAAUGAUCAUUCCACUGUAGCUGUGAUCGUCUAUGUAACGAAUUACAAUUUUUUAAAGCUGUGUAUUAAUUUAUUCACGUAGGUAAAAUCCUCGAGCUAACUAAAAGUUUAAGUGUUACAUUUUCUAUUGUGUGUCAUUCGUAGUGUGAGAGUGUAUACUUACACUGAACACUAUCUUACCAUACAGGACCACCGCCGCUUUUGGAGCCCCAUUAGGCUUCAAAUGUGUUGCGGGCUAGCUUGGUUUCGGGAAUAACAAACUGACGUGUUCUGUAAAACAGUACAUUAUUUAAUCUGCUACUAUCUAUAAAUAGUCCGUUCAUUGCUUCUUCUAUUAAGCUAAACAGUUUUAAUUUGAUCUCAGUUUAAAUGAUCCUUGCCACACGCAAACAAUAUACCGGAGACAAUAAUCUUCACAUAACAUUAUAUGUAUAGAUACUAUCAUGAAACGUAAGUCUUUGCCUUGUCUGUAUAGGUACCAUUGUAACUAGAUGCUCUAAGGAGAUUAGAUAUAAGUUUGAAGAGCAAACUAGUAUUAUCUAAUUUAAGUCUAGAACUUAGAUCAUAGAUAUUAAUAGUCAGGCGUGGAUCGGGGAGUAAGUAAAAAUGUUAACAAUACUUGUAAUACUCAUUUGCUGUAAUGUAAACUUGGUUGUUAUACUUGUUAUGUCUGCUUCGCCAUUGUAACAUGGAGAGCGCGUGAUGAAUGUCUGUAGUCGUUAAAACAAAACUUUUAGUCGAAAACCUAAUUAGAAAAUGAACUGUGAUCCUGUAAUUUUGUAGGCAUGUUCAUUAUGUCAAAUAGAUUUAUGUAAGUUAACUAAACACUGCAAAUAUGUAAAUCAUUAUCGAACUAGAUAGAUUGGUCAGAGUGUAUUAGAUGUACAGUAUGAAGUAAUUUUUAACCGAUUUUGUAUUCCUUGGAUAGUGUCGUGUAAAUGCGAAUAAAUGUAACUAUUUAUAGAUUUAAUUUAAUAGACAAAUAUCGAGCUGACUUCCUACGUCAUCAUGUAUGAUAACAUUCAUGGUGAUAAUCAGGUUUUCAUUUGUUGUUCCUAAUUUAACGUUAAUAUCGUCGUCACGAAGAACUGUAUGUUAGUUGGGAUUUAUCAUAACAUACACAAGCUGCCUAUUUUUAUUAGAUUUAGCUGUACUGCCCUUCAUGUUGGUGAUUGUAAAGUAAGCAAUAAAACAGUUAUAGUAGGUAUGAACCUGUAGAUCCACGUCUGCCUGCAAUGUUAUCCUCCCACCGUAAAUUAAUCAUAAUUAUCUAUACUCCUGCACUGAUAUCCUCAAGUAUUAUUUUUCUAGUAAAUAAAUAAACUAUUUAUUUUAUUAAGUUCGUAAAUCUUUUUAUCUGUGAUUUUUGGUUGUUAGUUUUAGUUUGGUUACUCAAAAAUGUUUUUAAAGUUUUAUUAAAGUUAUAAAUCAAAAGAAUCUAAAAUGCUAGUCAGUUAUUAAAAUGCGACACUUGAUUGGAGAAUUGAACAAAAAGUGUAUUGAAGAAUUUUGUUUGUAAAAUAUAAAUUACGUAAAGAUAUGAAUUGUAAAGGAUGCAGAGUCUUGACCGAUUGUAACUUCGUUGAACGAGAAAUAAAAUAAAGUUUUUUAUAAUGAA